AUGGACCAUCUCCCUCGCUCCGGCAGCCGCCACGUCACACCGCCUGCCGGAAACCACCAUCCGCCGCUCCUCACGCGUUGCAAAAGCGCAAACACAACCACAUCUCCGCCGCUCGCCACAAUAUCAUCUAACAACCCAACCACCUUCACUAAAUCUAGAUCAAUAUCCACCACGAAAACCCUAAGUUAUAGAGAACCGGAAGUGAAUCAUUUCAUGAUCCACAUUCCGAAUCCAAUGACUACCAACACCGAUCAUCUUACUAGCGUGGCCUCCAAGAAGAAGCCAACAAAAGACUCGAGUACAAAAAUUUUGCCGCGAAAAAAACCUACUUCUCCUUCGGCUUGGGCCUUGUCUCCCGGCCGAGUUGCUCCUUGUCCGUCUCUGUCUCCGUCUCCUGUGUCGGUAAAGCCGCCAAGUCACGGCGGCAGGACCACCACAGGCGGACUUAGUGGAGUUUUAAAGUACUUUAGUCAGAAAAAAUCAGUUACUUCUGAAGAUGCAUAUGUGCAUAGUUUUAAAUUAAUGAAUAAUAGGUUGUUGCAAUGGCGGUUCGCAAAUGCACGAGCCGAAUUCACCAUGUCCGCUGUUAAAGCGGUGGCGGAGAUGAAGAUGUUCAAUGUGUGGCUUGAGAUACUUGCGAUAAGGAAUUCGAACAUGGUAAAGCGAAUAGAAGUACAAAAGCUAAAAAACUAUAUCAGAUUGUAUCAUAUUAUGAACUCGCAAAUGUUCUUGCUAGAAAAAUGGUCGAGAAUCGAGGGUAAAAACUUUGAAGCUGUUAGUCGAGUUGUUAGGAAAUUGACCGUCGCAUGUGCAAAUAUCCCGUUGCUCUAUGAUUCCAAGGGAGACGUUUCAUCAAUUUGUGAGGUGUUGGUCACUGCUAACACGCUUUUGUCGAAUAUAGAAUCCGCAAUCUCAAAGUUAUCUUAUCAGGCCGAGAAGUCAUGUUACCAGUUGACCGAGCUUUCAAUUAUCGCUAAACAAGAACACGAAUUGCUAGCCGAGCUGCAAACAUGGAUGACUGACGUCGCAUUGCUAAAAGAAGAAGAAAGAAGCUUGCGCGCUCAUAUAAUAUGCAAAUUAGUAUAGAUCCUAUACGUUGAGGAUCACUGUCAACAACCCUUAAUUCCGAUGAGCUGGUAAGAACAUGGACGAAAAGUAUUUUCAAGAACAUGAAUGUUCAAAAUCAACAUCAAAACAAAAGCUCAGAACUAAAGAAAAAACAACAGAUGCCACC